GGCAGAGUUCUGGUACACAGAUGCAGAGAUUACAGCAGCCGACAGAACUCUGGAGACGCUCACUUUUCCGAAGUGGGCUGCACAACCUAUCGAGCCACACAAACAGAUGUUGCUGAACGUAGAUGAUCGAGAGGAAGAAGAAGAAAAAGAGUCCUGAUAGAACUGCUCAAAUAAAAUGCCCAGGACCACCUAAGAGUAAAAGCAGGCUGCCUUCUUAGGAAUCAUUACUGCUGCAAGACUGGACUAGAGUUUUCAAACAACAAAAAAAGAAGAUCUGAAGAUGCGGAUGAUCGUGGGCAUCAUGUGUCUGUGGCAGUGUGUAAUCGGUCAGCUGUUGGAGGCCAAAAUGAGGACCCCGAGACUUAUAUGCAGCGUCCCAGGUCUACCGGGAACGCCUGGAAAACCCGGACCACCCGGGCCCGCGGGUGCUGAGGGCCAUGUUGGAAUUCCUGGAAGGGACGGGAGGGACGGACGUAAAGGAGAGAAAGGAGAGAAGGGAGAAAUGGGUGACAAAGGAAAAGUUGGGCCAAGUGGCAAAAUCGGCGAGCGUGGUGAAAGAGGUGUGACAGGUAAGCGAGGCCCAGAGGGUGAGCACGGAGACGGGGGAAAACUAGGACCCCAAGGACGGCCUGGCCUGAGAGGAGAGAAAGGUCACAGGGGCCCACGAGGAGUGCCUGGCAAGUGCCUUUGUGGCAGCCUGGUACCCAAGUCCGCCUUCUCAGUUUCCAUCACCAGCAGCUACCCGGCUGAGGAAACGCCAAUCAAGUUCAACAAAGUCCUAUUCAACGAGGGCGGCCAUUACAACCCACAGACAGGCAAAUUCUUAUGCGCGUACCCGGGCAUCUAUUACUUCUCCUACGACAUCACGUUAGCCAAUAAGCACUUAGCCAUCGGCCUGGUCCAGAACGGGAAGUUCCGCAUUAAGACCUAUGAUGCCAACACGGGGAAUCAUGAUGUCGCUUCUGGCUCAACGGUGAUAUUCCUGAACCCAGAGGACGAAGUGUGGUUGGAGAUCUUCUAUAAGGACCAGAACGGUCUGUUCUCGGAUCCGAGAUGGGCCGACAGUCUAUUUUCAGGGUUUCUGCUCUAUGCAGAUACCGCUUACCUGGACACACUGGCGGAGGAUUAUUCUUAGAUCGCUGUAAAGAUUAAUUAUAUUUUAUUAAGAUGAACUUUAUGGGCUAUAUUAAAAAUGUUAAAUACUGUAUUAACUUAUCCGAUGAUUGUAACUGAUAUAUAGAUCAUCAUGUUUUUGUCAAAACGACAUAUUUCAGGAGGUUUUAUUUUGCAUGUCAGUGGACUAGUAAACCCUCCUGGGCUGGGGACAGCUUGUCCCCUAUGAUAGUGGUGCUGACUACAUACUGUAGUGCCUGGUUAAUAUUUCCAGUACAUAUGUUGCUAUAAACACGAAUCUUUAUUAAAGUUGUAAGCUGUACAAUAAAGCACAACAUCUGGAUUCCUUAAGAAAAGACAUAUCAGAUGAACCAUUGGUCCGAAGAGUCAUGUUUCAAUACUCAGAGACACUAAUGCGAUUUUCUUAGUCUUGUUAUCGGUGAUAUCUGGUGUCUGGAUUUUCUUUUGAAUAAAAACACUCCUGGUGUAUGAAUGAUUUCA